GUCUCUUCAGCUAGGUAGGUCCAUCAUGCGGAGGCGCUUCUAGGUACCGUACUUCUGCUCUGCUCUUGUUGCCAGGCUCUGGAGGGGUGCUGAGGAUGUCAAGCUCAGAUGGGAUCGAGCCCCGCACCUCUGGAAGCUCCAGCUCCAGAAACUCCCCCAAGGGAGUCAUGCAUAUCUUUGAUGCUCAAAGAUCAUAAGGCAACGCUUUCAGCGAUCUUGGAGGCGGCGAAAGAGCAGGCCCUGAGGCAUAAGCAGGCAUCCAGUUCUAGCGGAGAGUUGCCGGGAGAGCAAACUAGAGAAGACUUUGACGCGGAGGUGAUUCGCGAUCUGCAGUCAGAAGCCUCAGAGAGAACCCUAGAAUCUGGCAACUCUGAAUCUGAUCAAACAGGAGGACAAGGAGACGGUUUGAAGCAGCCAGCGGUUUACCUUAGGGAUGAUAUCAUAAGCUAUCGUGCGCAACUAGGGAUGGCAAGCCUGUCAUCCAGCUGCACCUACACCCCAGGCCAGCUGUCUGGUGGUUCCUUCCCCAGCGCCUUCCCUUCCCCCUUGCCAAUUGACAAGGACAAUCAGCAGCAGCUGCCUGGCCCUAGUAAUGCAGUAAAAGGUAAUUCAGCUGGUCUCUCCUCCCUCUCCCAACUGCCAUUCCUCCCAACUGAAGCCUUCCACGACUUUUCAUUGGGCGUCCCCUCGUUUGCCCCUCAUGGUGUGAACACGCCCCUUCUUGCUUAUCCUCAAGGUGCGAAUGCACCCCCCCUGGGGAGCUGGCCGUGGCUACCAGCAGGCUCCGGAGUGACCCCCUCCCCUUAUGAGAUUGCGCUCAUGUAUCUUCAAGGGGGCGGAGCAUCUGCCCCUCCCGCAGCUCCCCUGCCACAGAGCGGCUCCUAUGAACUAGGCGUACACCAGCAAUUUGUCAAGAGUCAGUCCGGCGACAUCUACAGGGGUCAGCCUGGAUUGAUGGAGCCAGCAGAGCCUGUGUUGCAGAGGUCAGCAGAGACUGGGCCGCCGAGGCUAGCAGACUCUGGAUCGCUGAGGUCAGCAGAGCAGAGGGGGCAGGGCAGCCGGCCAGGGACAGGGGCAUCGCUUCGGUCGUUCGACGAGGGGGGACGAGAUUGGGAGCUGGGGCCCGCUUAUACGGAGGCGGAGCCCGAAUAUGCAGAGGCGGCUGGGAGAAAGGAAGGAGGCGCAAGUAUGUUCUCUGCUGCGGCAGCGGUGUCUGAGUUUAAUGAUGUAGAGGUCAGGAGAUCUAGAGAUGGUGUGCGAGUAAGAGAAUUCAAGGGGCUUGGGGCUGAAAAGGCGAGCAACUGGGAGGAAGAGGAUCGAGACCUGGGCGGGGUGGGGGAACCUUACGGGCAAAAGAACAGUUUUAACAAGCACAAGGCAGAAGAGAAAAGUACUGCGGAAUUGCGGGGGAAUUUCUUCGGUGGGGGAGUGUCAGAGGGAAGAGACCGCGGCCGGCAAGAUCCUGACACGAUCGGGAGCUUCGCUGAACAGAGGGGGCCGUCAGCGGGUUCUCCAAUCAGGUCGCACAAGCUCGUUAUGCGCAACAGCCUUGACGAGAGGCCCCUCCCUCGAGCGAGCGCAUAUUCUGAGAGGCCUUCCCCAAGCAAGCCAGGCGCCUCUGCUGUGAUCCACAUUCCGGCCCCUAGCAAUACCCCGCAGACGCUCCAUCAUGAUCGGCUGUCGAAGCGGCCGUUCCUGAAGCGGGGGUCGCGUCUUCUCAAGUCGGUGAUCCCCCGGAAAGGAGAGAAGGAGUCGUGGGUUGCCGAGUUCAAGGGGAAGAUUGCGGCUGUUCCGAGAGCAGUGGUCGAUGUGCCAACUGAAGAGGACACCGGGGAAGGCGUGGACUGGGGGGUUCUGAACGCUCAGAAAGUGACGGGGAAGAGGCUCCCCCCGCCUGUCAGCAAGCUAAAGAAGGUGGUGCCACAGAAAGGGAGUCGGACGGCGGUCAAGGAAGAACCGUUGGUCAAGAGGGGGGGCAACUUUCUGAGGGCCGGCAGCAGGGGCGGACGGUUGGCCCCCCUGCAGAAUACCAGACCUACAUCGAGCAACCCAGUCCCUGCUGCAAGGAAACCGGCCCCUGCUUCAGAGCUUCCCAGUUUCGACGAAAUACAGCCAGUCGACGACUUGGAGUUGGCGGAAUUUCAAGCGCUCGAGCGACGCUUGAAAGGCCAUGUUCUAGAAGAUGCCGAGCCUCAGAUUGAGUACGAAGACAGAGAAAAAGAGCUUGAACCUGAGCCGAAUACCGACCGGGUGGGAGUAGGGUUCGGGUUAAGAAGCGAGUUGGCGAGUUGGGGGGAGGGGGUGGCAGGCCACGGAUGUGAAUACGAAAAUGGGGACGGAACGGAAGAGUUCGACGGAGCUGGGGAGGUUGGAGACAGUUUCGGCGGGCGAGAUUUGAUGCAAUCGAUUGACGAGUGGGGGCUGCCGGAGGGGGGCGAAUCACCCCCUGGAGUACAUUACAGAGUAGAGGAAGACGAGCGUGUUGCUCAGAUUGCGGAGGCUCAACCCCCCAGCUCGAGCACUCAGAACGGGCGCAGCCGAUUUCGGGACAGCGAGCAAUGGGAGGACGAUGCGGGCUUCUCAAACGGGGGGGUCGAAGCGCCUGCUGCCCUGCCCCCGCCAGCAGCACAGAGGCAGCCAGAAAGAGUCAGCGGGCAGUCGGCAGAGGCUGUAGUGCCCGGCAGAGGCCCCCCGGGCAAGGGCAGGGCUGCUGCGGGGGUGCCCGGUGAAUCCCCCCGGGUGUCUGCCUUGGUGAAGAACGUUUUCCUUGGGGAAGCGAAAAAGCCGGCGCUGCGGAAGGGGGCGACCCAGAGCAACGAGCCGGACUUGGCUGCCGAGAUGGCAUUCCUGAAGGAGAAGAUGGCGACCCUCGACAGCGAGAUACAGCGCUUCAAGCGAGAGAACGAGAAGAUGGAACGUGCCCGGCUGGAGUACGAGGCGCGUGCUGACGUGGCGGCAAAGGAGAGGGCGACCUGGGAGAAGCGCAUGCAGGAGGAAGAGGAGGCCUGGAACAGGAAGAAAGAAGCCGAGGCUCAAAAGCUGAAGCGCGACAAGCGCGUGCUGGAACAGCAGUCGCGAGCACUGCUGCAGCUGCCGGGGCGGAAAGCGCGCGGCGAGGCCGACGAGCUGAGGGCGCAGAUUGCGGGCCUGGAGGAGGAUAAGCGGGUGCGGGAGGCGCGGUGGCGAUUGACAGUGGACCGUUUGAAGGGGCGCGUAGAGGAGCUGACGGAGAGGAACAAGGAGUUGGAAGAGGAGGUGAAGCGGCACGAGGCGCGCUGGCUCGAGCAGUGGGAGAAGCAGGACGCGCCCUCGCUGAAAUCAUCCAAGCCCGCCAAGUUCCAGGGGCGGCCUCAGAGCGCCGCCGUGAGAAGCACGACGGCCGCCGUUUCUGAAAGCGCACCAAUCGUUCCGCUUCGGCAGUCUGCCUCAAGAAAAGAGGAGACGGCGCCUGUUAGGGGGGUGCUCAAGAGCCCUGAAAAGGGGGGGAUACGGCAGAGUCGCUCGGAUAGGGGGAUGGUAGUCCGCGUUUCGGGGGUAGAGGGAGCGAGGACUGGCGAUCUUGGUGUAAAUGGGGUCCAAGAGAGGGGUGUUAACGGGGUCCAGGGGAAGAACGUGAGAAGGGACCAUACCGGAGGUGUGAACGGGGCAAGUGUGAACGGGCUCUCAAGCAGGGAGGGGAAUGAAUUUGGUGUGAACGGGCUCCACGAGGAGAGCGCGAAGAGGGUUGACAGAAGAGGGGCGUUGCUAGACCGUGACGACGUUGAUGCGUUGCUGGACGAAGGGCGGAAGGUCAGGAAUGGCGCGUUUGGUUUGGAGACGAUAAAUCGGGGCAAAAGCAGUGACACUUUCGACACAGGGGAGGUUGUAACCGUGCAUGAGAGAAGAGUUGAGCACUCGGAAGACUUCCAGGGGCGCACGCUUGGAGAGCGACGGGUUCAGGAUUCGUUUGGGACCGAAACAAGCACGUGGCAGGAUCAAGGAGGGGAAAUGGCCUACGAUAGUGCAUCGUCGGGGUUAGCGGCCCAGUAUCGGGUUCGCUCAGAGGAUUACCCUGGGUUAAGGAGUGGGUUAGAUGGACAAGGAGAGAACGGUUAUGGGAACCGGGACGGUGAAAAGAAGAGCGUACCUGCGAGGGGUCUUGAAGUGGAAGAGGCUUCCUCGAGGGGGCGAAAUGGGGCGGCAGAAAGAGGGUUGGAAGCGGGUUUGGACGAGGGUUUAGGAAACCCGUUGGAGGAAAACGGCGCCGAGAAAGAGGAAGGCGACGGCGAGUUGUUGGAAGAGAUCGCGGGGGCGGCGGGCAAGGUGGAGCGAGUCUAUGCCAGCGGGAAGCGCGUGGUCAUCUUUGGGAACGGGACCAUUAAGGAGAUCCACGCGAGCGGCAAGGUGUGCAUCUUCUUCACCAACGGCGACGUCAAGAACUCAGACGCCGACGGGCGCGUCGAGUACUACUACGCAGAAGUUGCCACGUGGCACACCACGUACGCGGACGGCGUCGAAGUUUUCCACUUUCCGAACGGACAGGUGGAACAACACGAGCCGGACGGUUCGAAGGAGAUCUUCUUUCCGGACGGAGCGGUCCGGAAGGUGAAUCCGGACGGGACUGAGGAGGACGUCGCCCCCCUCGAUUGAACGGCGCCGCCAUUCAGCCCGUUCAAGUUCCCGGAAGAUGACGUCAGCAUCUGACGUCAGUGGCUUUGAUGGUUGGUGACGUCUUCUGGGUUGCGCCCCGGCCAGUGAGUCUACUCCAUGCGCCCUUUCGCCGGAUGUGGUGACGUCAGUCAGCGGACCCAUAAAGCGGGGCGUGCUCAAUCCGGGGACUCGCUUGGUCAUCUUGGCCGGUCGUUGACGGCGUCCUGGCGACAACCUUUACCACUGCGGCGGCCUCCGAUAUGCCCCUCGCUCUAGCUCCACAGUCAUUGAAAAUGGGUCGAACUUAUUGAUUUCGGUAAUAGAUGAUUUAUAUUGACCUCCAAUGAAACGCUGUGAAAUUAGAUCAAGGAGACGAGUUGCAACUUUAUAGCCCAGUGCUCUGACGGCUAUAAAGUGAGGCUAGCAAACUGAUCAUGAGACGUUGAAGCUCAAUCCAGUAUUAGGAGAUUGAUGCUAUCAAAUGUACCUCCAAAGUCUCCAGAUGGAUCUUAAGAGGCCUAGCCUUCAAACGGGGCAGAUUACAAUUAAGCUUCUGCAAUUUUCCUAGCUCG